AGUGCAAUUGUAUGCGCGCAUCACAACAAACAAAAAAUAUAGGAGUUCCUAUAUAUACUUAUAUUACGGCUAGGUCUCGUAUAGUACAUAAGGAUUAUCAGAAGAUUUUUGGAAUAGGGAUAUGCUGGUUGUAAGGAGGUUUGUUUUUGGUUUCUUUGGAUAAGCAUUAAAUUUCUGUGGUACGUCGAACGACAUUGGCAAAUUUUAGACAUCCCUUUAUUCGUUUUUCUUAAAUAAAGGUACUGUUUUACUUUGAAUGUUAUACUACCCGUUGUCGAAGAUCUACGAGACUUUGGUUUCCUAAAAGAAUCAGAGAAUAGUGUGUUUAAGCAUGGCUUUGCAGCGAAAAAAGCGAGAUCAUCCCAACGGAAAGGCUGAUUUCAAUGAACUCGAGGACGAUGCUUAUGAAAGUGUAGGGUUUCAUGACUAUGGGGAUUAUUUUGAACGUAAAAAAAGAAAACUACAAAAUCAGAAUGCUGCUCUCUAUAGAGAUACGGAAGAGUCAUCAACAUCAAAUAUAUUUAAAGGUCUUAGUAUGGCCAUAAAUGGUUACACGAAUCCAUCGUACUCAGAGUUACGAACGAUGAUAAUUCAAAAUGGUGGUACAUUCGUGCAAUACGUGGAUAAGAAGACAAGUUUAUCUUUUCUUAUUUGUUCUUUUUUAACACCCUCUAAAGCUAAUCAAUGGAAACAUCAUAAAGUCGUGACUCCACAGUGGAUAGUUGAUUGCAUUAAUAAAAAGAAACUGCUACCGUGGACCAAUUAUCGUGCCAUACAACCUGUUGCUUCUCAGUCUUUGCUUUCUUUUCCUGAAACUUAUAGAGAACGUGAUUCUCAGUUAUCCAAGCAACAUCAUGAAUCCCUAAAGGUUGACAGCCAAGUUGAAGAUGCGCUACCAUCUUAUAAUGAAGAGCAAACAGAAAUGAAGGAAAGGUCAGAAAAUUUACCCGAUUCACUCAAAUCGCUUUCGAAUUCAGCACGUCACAAUUAUCUCUUGUUAAAAAACCCAAAUAUCAGGAAAUCUACUACUCAAAAUCCAGAAUUUCUUCAAAAGUUUUUUAAUUCUUCUCGAUUGCACCAUCUUAGCACAUGGAAGACAGCUUUAAAAGAGGAAAUUCAAAUAAUGACGGCGUCUACCGGACUUACUUCUUCAAGAAACUUGAAGAGCAUAAAUGAAAAACACUUUAUUAUGCAUGUUGAUUUUGAUUGUUUUUUUGCCGCGGUUUCUACUAGAAAUACCGGCGACUUACAGCUAAAACCUGUGGCUGUUGCUCAUGGAAUAAAAAAUUCGGAGAUAGCUAGCUGUAAUUAUGAAGCUAGGAAGUAUGGAAUAAAAAAUGGAAUGUUUGUUUCUACAGCUAAGAGUUUAUGUCCUUCUUUGGUACUUGUUGAUUAUGAUUUCGAUGCAUAUGAAGCUGUUUCACGGGAAUUUUAUUCUGUUUUAGUCGAUACUCCAAACGACUAUUUAAAAGUAAUCAGUAUUGAUGAAGCCUUACUUGACUUAACUAAUCAUGUUCAAUGCUUUGAAGAUUGCGUGAAUAUAGCAGAGUCCAUUCGUACGCGGGUUAGGAUGAAAACCAAUUGCGAUGUUAGUGUCGGCAUUGGUUCAAAUGUUUUAUUAGCAAGACUUGCAUUAAGAAAAGCAAAGCCACAUAACGUGUUCUAUAUAAAAGAUGAAGAUGCAUCUGUGUAUAUGCAAUCUCUCCCUGUUCAAGACUUACCUGGCGUUGGCCCGUCGCAGUCUUCUAAACUGUUCGAGUUGUUUAACGUAAAAUUUGUUGGAGACUUGCAAAGACUAAACAAAAAUGUUCUUCAAAAAUCGUUUGGUACCAACUAUGGAUUACAUUUGUACAAUAUAUCUCGAGGAAUCGAUACUGAUGUUAUCACUAAUGAAACUCCACGUCGAUCUAUUUCUGUCGAUGUGAAUUGGGGUGUUCGUUUUGUCUUUUUAGAAGAUGCAAUGGAUUUUUUAAAGCGGCUUUUGCAAGAAUUGCUGAAUCGUAUGUCUAAAUGCGACGUUUCGUUACACCAACUUCAACUUCGUGUUUUAAAACGACCAGAAAAUGUCUCAUUCGAUCCUGUUAAGUAUCUUGGUGCCGGUGAAGUUACUCCCUUAACGAGAUCUAUAAUGUUCACUUCUGCAACGAAGUCAUUUGAUAUACUCUACAAACGACUAACAAAUCUUUUUAUAUCUUUGGACGUAGACCCAGGAGAUGUUCGCGGAAUUGGUUUGCAGGCAUCUAAAAUUGUAAAGGAUACUAAGAAUGAGAAGUUGUUUAACUUCAACGCGCCUAUAAAAACACCUCAGAAGAAAAUUGUUUCUGGCCAAUUUGGCUCACCGAACAGACUGCACUCUCAAGCUCAAGAGUUUGACAAAUCCAACGAAGACAAUGAUCCUUCUCUUGCGAGAGAUACUUUCAUUCCCUCUACUCCAUACGAUCUUCCUUCGUCUUCACAGAUAAGUCCUGGAGUUCUGGCUCAAUUGCCGCAGUCCAUGCAAGGAAGUAUAAAACGACAAUUGGAUGUUCAAAACAAAAGGAUUGAUGAGAUUCCAAGUCAGUUAGAUCCACUGUUUUUAAAAGAAUUACCUACCCCAAUUAGAAACGAGGUAAAGGAAGAUCAUGAAAUUACUAUUAAUAAGCGGCUAAAGCUCAAAAGCCACGCACUUCCUAAUGUAAAGGUUCCGGAAGACACAGUGAAAAAAAUUCAGCAGCAAGAUGCUUUCGAAAGGAUGUUGAGACCAAAUAAGAAAGAAAAAAAGCAAUAUCUUCCACAGGUAGACCUUCAGGUACUCGAAGAACUUCCAAAAGAAAUUCAAGAAAGUGUGUUAGAGGAAAAUAGACUUAGUCGAUACGAUUUAGCUCGAGAAGUGAAGAUGAAGCCGAAUCCUGUCAUUAGUUUUCAACAAAAACAAUCAAUAGAUGACCUUCGAGAGUUACUAGCAAAAUGGUAUCAAAAAUCUCCAAGAGGACCUAAUUCUCAUGACGUUGAUUACUUUUCGAGAUAUCUUGGACGAGUUAUACGGGAAGAACGAAAUUUACUGAAAGCACAAGCUUUAGUACGAUGGCUUCAGCAGCUCAAUCGCAAAGAUAAGACAGCUGCUUGGCAAACGGCAAUAGAGAAAACCAUUGAGGCAGUCCAAGAAGCUUGCCUAGUAAGGAACACACCUCCACUCGUUUUAUUGUAAAUAGUUACGUGUUAUGUUUCGUUUAUGACUUUCAGGCUAAUUUUAUUUUGGUUAAUUGAUUUGUAUUUAAAUUAUAAUGGAGUAUUCAUUAAAUCCUUAUUCCUUUUUGAGAAAAGUGGAAGGGUUUCAUGGCUUAUAUAGCAAAUUAGAGAUUAUGAGCAACUUUAGUAGUGGAUAAUAAAAAAUAUACAUAAAAUUUUC